CUCCCUCCUUCCCUCCCUCUCCCGCUGCCUCUCCGUGUUUGCGUUUGACAAAGAAAUGAUUUGAACUUCCCGGAGCCGCAGAAAAUCGGGAUCCCGAGGCGCACCCGGGCCCAUAUGGAUGUGAUUUCCCAGCCCUCUCCCAGAUGAUCCGGCGGCACCGGGAGCCGCGGCGCUGAGCGCCUCCGCUGCCUCUCCCCAUGGGCUCCGCGGCGGAAUUUUGGGAGCUGCCCGCCACUCCAGCCAUGAGAAAGCGAGGAAAAGCCCCGGCAUCUCUCGUCAUGUGCCUCUCUGGCUGAAAACUGGGGAGCCGGAGGAACAGAAUCCCGCGGAUCCUUGGGGCACGCCGGGGAGGACGAGGAGAAAUCCGCGCCGCUGGAAUUCCGAGCUCGCCUCCUCCCGCUUCCCUGCGCGGGGCUGGAUGCUGGGAGCAGCCCCUUGGAUAUGGGAUCAUAUCUGGUGUAUCCCAGCCUGGGUUUGAUCCUCUGCUGCUCCGUGCUCAGCUCCGUCUACGCGCUGGUGGAUGCCGACGAUGUCAUCACCAAGGAGGAGCAGAUCUUCCUCCUGCUGAAGGCCAAGGCCAAGUGCGAGCGCCACCUGAAAGCCAAGGUGCCCAAGGUGCACGAUGGCUUCUGCCUUCCGGAGUGGGACGGCAUCGUGUGCUGGCCCGAGGGCGUGCCCGGCAAGGUGGUGGCCAUGCCCUGCCCGGAGUACAUCUACGACUUCAACCACAAGGGCCACGCUUAUCGCCGGUGUGACCUGAACGGGAGCUGGGAGCUGGUCCCGGGCAACAACCGCACCUGGGCCAACUACAGCGAGUGCGCCAAGUUCCUCACCAACGAGACGAGGGAAAGGGAGGUCUUUGAUCGCCUCUAUUUGAUUUAUACUGUUGGAUACUCCAUCUCCCUGGGAUCCCUCACAGUUGCUGUCCUUAUCCUGGGAUACUUCAGACGUUUGCACUGCACUAGGAACUACAUCCACAUGCACCUGUUUGUGUCCUUCAUGCUGAGGGCCGUCAGCAUCUUCGUGAAGGACGCAGUCCUGUACUCCGGGUCAGCCCUGGAGGAGAUGGAGCGGAUCUCCGAGGAGGACUUGAAAUCCAUCACGGAAGCACCUCCAGCGGAUAAAUCGCAGUUUGUGGGCUGUAAAGUAGCUGUCACCUUCUUCCUCUACUUCCUGGCUACCAAUUACUACUGGAUCCUGGUGGAAGGGCUCUAUCUCCACAGCCUCAUCUUCAUGGCAUUUUUCUCAGAGAAGAAAUAUCUCUGGGGAUUCACAUUAUUUGGCUGGGGACUCCCUGCUGUGUUUGUCACAGUGUGGGCCAGCGUCAGAGCCACUCUGGCCGACACAGAGUGUUGGGACUUGAGUGCUGGCAAUUUAAAGUGGAUUAUUCAGGUGCCCAUCCUGGCAGCUAUCGUGGUAAAUUUUAUUCUCUUUAUCAAUAUUAUCAGAGUCCUCGCAACCAAGCUCCGAGAGACGAAUGCAGGGAGGUGCGACUCGAGACAACAGUACAGGAAGCUGCUGAAAUCUACCCUCGUCCUUAUGCCUCUGUUUGGCGUUCACUAUAUUGUUUUCAUGGCUAUGCCAUACACAGACGUGUCAGGGAUUCUUUGGCAAGUUCAAAUGCACUAUGAAAUGCUGUUCAACUCUUUCCAGGGAUUUUUUGUUGCCAUCAUAUACUGUUUUUGCAAUGGAGAGGUCCAAGCAGAAAUAAAGAAAUCAUGGAGCAGGUGGACUUUAGCACUUGACUUUAAAAGGAAAGCCCGGAGUGGGAGCACAACCUACAGUUAUGGACCAAUGGUUUCCCACACCAGCAUCACAAAUGUAGCCACCAGAGGGGCGCUUGCCCUCCACCUCAACACGAGACUUAUUCCAGGGACCCUCAACGGCCACCGGAAUUUGCCAGGUUAUGUGAAAAAUGGCUCCAUUUCAGAGAAUUCCAUGCCCUCCUCCGGCCCGGAGCAGUACAACAAAGAUGAGGAAUACCUGAACGGCUCCGGGCUUUACGACGGAGACAGACCCACGGUCCUUGUGGAAGAGGAGAGAGAGACAGUGAUGUAAAGACAGGAGGAGGGGGAGAAAAAAAAAAAAAAUCAGCCAAAGGAUGAUAAAAAGGUUCCUGGAGAGCAUUUAGUGGGAAAAGACCAUCAGGCCAUGCGGCGGAUUCCAAGGGUUUCCAUGCAGCUCCUCUGUUCUGUGGAAUGAGAGAUUAAGUUAUUUGUGGGGAAAAAAAAAAAAAAAACAAACGUGAGCCA